AUGUGCUGUGCUACUAUGCCAUCUCUGAAAAUGACUACAACGGUCAUAUGGGAGCCCGCAUCUCCUCCAUCUUCGUCAUCCUCUUCGUCUCCACAGCCUUCACUUUCUUCCCUGUCGUGGCUAAGAGCAUGCCCCGCUGGAAGAUUCCUCACAACGUCUACAUCUUCGCCCGUUACUUUGAUCCGGCCGUAUAAGCGCAUCGGACCCAAGACCUGCGUUGGCGUUUCCGGCAAUUGGUCCAUAUACUCCUGGUGUGCGGGCAUUGUACUUGCUUCCAUCACUCUGAUCUUCCUUCUCGAUCUCGCGGCCGAGGUAUACGUGGAAAACAAGUACGGCAUGCACCGCGAGGAGAAUGCCACGGACGCCUUUAUUGCCGGUGAUCCGACCAGCGCGCAUGUUCACCCCAACCCCGAAGAUGGUCGCAUGUCGGCAGAAAAGACCUCCCCCACCGCAACCUCUGCAGAAACCUCGUCGGAACAAAGCGAACGCUCCUUCAGACAACAGAUUGCCGGUUUCUUGAUCCUCGAAUUCGGUAUCAUCUUCCACUCGGUCAUCAUCGGGCUCAAUCUUGGUGUGACCGGUUCCGAAUUCGCGACCCUCUACCCCGUGUUGGUCUUCCACCAGUCCUUCGAGGGCCUGGGUAUCGGUGCCCGACUCUCAGCCAUCCCCUUUGGACAUCGCAAGUGGCUCCCUCACCUGCUGUGUCUGGCAUAUGGUCUGACCACCCCGAUCUCGAUUGCGAUCGGCCUGGGCCUGCGCACUGCCUACAACCCGGGAUCGAAGACAUCCUUGAUCGUGCAGGGAGUGUUCAAUGCCAUCUCAGCAGGAGUGCUGAUCUAUAGCGCCCUGGUGGAACUGCUGGCCCGCGACUUUAUCUUCGACCCAUGCCGCACUCGUCGUCGCUCCAAGCUGUUGUACAUGGUUUUCUGCACGUUGUUGGGGGCGGGCAUCAUGGCUUUGAUCGGAAAGUGGGCGUAA